AUGGGAAACAGCCUGAAGUCUGCUGACCAAGUUCUGAUCCCACUGGAUGUUUUCCUUGAGCCUCUGAAUUUGAUUUCAUCUGUCCUUUCUUUAGCUGUGUGUCACUCCUCAUAUGGACAGUGUUUUAAUCCAGUGAUCCCGAGACAUUCAGAUUAUUUUGAUGUGAUUGAGAUUAUAAUGUUUGAAAUGACGUCUCAGAAUGUUUUUCAUUUAUUGUGUGUCACCAUCUGCUGGUUGAUAAAUGCAUCACACUUACACACCUCCACAGUAUACUCUCAUCACACACACUGGAGUGAACGUGCUUUUGAACAGCUGCAUCUCUAUUUCCAUAUUUAA